CUGAAGUCAGAAACGCAGCGGACAGCAGAAAACUAAACGCAACGCUAGGUAGAAAAUAAAAACACCGUCGUAAUGGCUGGUCUGGUCCAGGACUGUUUCUCCAUUGGGAGCACGGUGGAGUGUACAACCUGCUACAACGCUAACAUCGAGGGCGAGGUGCUGGCAUUCGACCAGCAAACGAAGAUGCUCAUACUAAAAUGCCCGUCGGCUAGUAAUUCUUCAAAACUGAAUGACGUUUAUAUCGUCAACCUGGCGAUGUGCAGCGAUGUCCAGGUGAAAAAGGAAGCAUGCAAAUCUCCGGAGCCACCAUUAUCGUUAAACCUGCAGCGUCUGAGCACCAGGGCUAGAAAUCAGGUGGAACAGAAAAAGUGUCAGUUUUCUGCGCUUGCUGCCGGCGUCAGCCCAGAAGGCCAGAACCUCUUUAUGGCUAUUGCACGCACUAUCUCUCAGGUCACCUGGUCUGGUCCAAACAUUGUGGUUUUCAAAGACGUCACGAUAACACCUCCAUAUAAAGUAGACAACGUGAAUGGUCCCCCGGACCGACAGCUAAGCUACGUGAAGAAAAUUGUGGAAAAACAUUCGGACGAUCAAGCCGGCAUCACUAAAAGCACAUCGGCCGACAUCGCUGCCAACUGAUUCGGGCGAAAGAGGAAUGCGUGGCACCAUGGAGUGAAUAGGGGUGGGGGAUGGUGGUAGCCAGGCGAGAACGCAGAGAGUUUACGUUUGUUCGAAUGUGGUACUUGUAAAAGCCCCGGACGGACUGUGUGCUUGCGUGAUGAAUGCAGGUGGAUAGGAUCACGGUAUGGUUAUGCGAUUAGAGAAGAAUAGAUCGAGUAAAAUCACGAAAACACGGUGAACGGUGAGCUAUA